AGGAAAAAUAAAAAGAAAAGUAGAAGAAGACUUAAAUGCAUAAAGACUAGAAGACUUAAAUGCAUAAAGACUAAGUCAUGUUCCUUGGUCAUUUAGAGUAGAGUACGAAUAUUUGCAUAAAAAAAACCAGGUGUUGAGUAUCUUUCGUUUGAAGUUUUCAUAGCAAGAAUUGUGCAAAUUUGAGUGUGUUAUAUGCAUUAUCCAAACUCAAAAUUUCUAAACUCAAUUCUUCUGAUGUCCCUUGAAUGGGAACAUAAGAAUAUUAACACUUCUUAAUAAUAGGAUGACACAUCUGCUUUUUUUUUUUUUAAAUAUUCCCACUUGACUUUGUAGUCUUCUAAUAGGAUGACACAUUCCUCUUUAGCUUAAACAAAUUUUCUGAAUCAAAUAACUCUGAAUGAGACAUAUAUUUAUAAAAUUUAAUAACGUUUAACGCGUUUAUACUUGUAAAUAAUCCAGAAAAAUAUAUUAAACAAGACCAAUUCCUCCAUAUUCAUGUACUUAAUCAAGAAAACAAGAGUCAUGAAUUGGCUACUGAAUACUCUCUGCAUACUAAAUUUUCUAAUUUCAUGCACUAAAUCUCAACAAGAGUACUCAGGUAAUUCAGUGUUGAAUUGCAACAACAUAUAUGAAACAAGUUACGCGUGUAACAGCAGAAAUUCAACUUGUCAGGCAUUUCUCAUAUUCAGGGCUAGGUAUCCCUACAAUUCAGUCCCUGGAAUUGCUGCUCUCCUGUCUUCAAACAUAUCCGAGGUUGCACGUACCAACAAUGUCACGAGGCUUACUGUCUUCGCGGCAGACAAGGAGGUUGUAAUUCCGGUGGACUGUUCGUGUUCAGGUUUGUAUUAUCAAGCCACAACCAUGUACUAUAUCCCAGCUCUUAUUGAAACAUACUUUAUGAUAGCAAAUAAUACUUACCAAGGAUUAUCAACCUGUAAUGCACUAUUACGUCGAAAUAAAUAUGGUGAGUUCAGUUUGAGACCUGGUCUUGAGUUGCUAGUUCCUCUCAGGUGUGCCUGUCCAACGGGAAAACAAGCUGAAAAAGGCUCAAAGUAUUUGAUGACUUAUUCAAUUGACGUUGGCGAUGACAUCCUUAAAGUUAGCAAAAGAUUUAAUGUAAGCGUUAGGAACAUAGUCGAAGCAAACAGAUUCUUGAGUGAAAAUUCUGUUUUAUAUCCUUUUACGACCAUUCUAAUCCCCCUGCCUUCUGAACCAUUGAAUUUAGAUACCGGAGAUGAGAAUCAUACGAAGCCAAUAAGGUCUCUUUCACCUCCACCUGCAACUAACGUUUCAAAGGGAAAAUCAAAGAGAAAUCUUUACAUAGGUAGUGGAGUUGCAACUGGUUUUAUCCUGUUACUGCUUGUGGUUUCUUGGGUCAUCUUUCUUGCUUUGUUUAAGAAGAAGGCCAGAGAAGUUCCGCAGAUGUCUUCAAGUCAUGAAGACAUCCUCGUUGAGAUAGCGAACAUUGAUCAUGUCCCUAAAGUCUUCAAGUUCAAAGAAUUGAAGCAUGCUACACGAAACUUUGGCUCCAAGAACCGGAUAAAGGGAUCUGUAUACUGGGGAGUGUUUAGAGGAGAAAUGUUAGCAGUCAAAAUGGCGAUCACGGAUAUAUAUAAAGAAGUGAACAUGCUGCAUAAGAUCAAUCACUUCAAUCUAAUAAAGCUUUGUGGCUAUUGCGAACAUAAAGGUUGCUUCUUUCUUGUUUUUGAAUACAUGAAAAAUGGUUCUCUCAGAGAAUGGCUGACCAGAACCAAGUCUCGAGAGACCAUAAGUUGGAAAAAAAGGAUUCAGAUCGCGUUGGAUGUAGCUAAUGGACUUCAUUAUCUUCACAACUUUACCAAACCAGGCUACAUCCACAAGAACAUCAACAGUGGAAACAUUCUCCUCGACAGCAACUUAAGAGCAAAGAUUGGAAAUUUCAGUCUUGCUAAAGAAACGGAUACAUCAGGCACGACUUGGGAACUUGUGGGAACGACAGGAUACAUGGCACCUGAGUAUGUUGAGGCAGGGUCAGUGACCUCCAAGAUGGACAUUUAUGCCUUUGGAAUUGUACUGUUGGAAUUAGUCACCGGAAAAGAUGCUGUAAUUGUAGAGGAAAGUGGAGAAAUUCUGCUUUCUGCAGCAGUAGCUGAAAUAAUGGAAGGAGAAAAUGCAGAAACUAAACUGGAUGGAUUCAUCGAAGAACAUAUGAGGGAAGAUGAUGGUUUGGAAAUAGCAUAUACAAUAGCAAACUUAAGCUUAAGAUGCUUGACUGGAGAACCAUCAAAUCGUCCAAGCAUGGAAGAGAUAGUAUCAUGUUUACUGAAGAUUCAAGUUAAUGUACAUAAUUGAGAACAAAUUAAUAAGAAUUGAGAAUAUGAACAUAGGCGGGGUUUAACUAACUCGAGCCUUGCUUAUUCUGCAUUGGUUCUACAGCCUAGACUAAGGCCUCAUUUGUGUUUAUUAAGAUCCAAACAUCUAAAUUCUGAAUACAUAGUUGAAUGUUAAGUUCUAUUGACUGUUGAAUGAACCCUCGACCACCUGGUACCCAACAAUGAACAAGUGACAAUCAUCUUGAUUAUGCUCUUCAAAAGCUUCAAUUUUAUCAUCGAUACUUGUUCAGUGUGUACGUCAACAUCUGCUCCCCUUCCAAUACAUUGUUCAAACAUGUAUCAAAAGAACAUUUAAGUAUGUGUAUCUUACAAAGGUAAACAUCGAUAUAAUUCAAUCAGUAUAACAAAAAGAAAAGGGCAAAAAAGAAAACUGAAAAGGUACCUUCAAUCCAGAUUUUCAGACUGCCCCCAGACAACAACUUAAUUUCAUCUAAUACUUUCUCAAAUCAUACAGUCAUAAAGUUUUUCAUAGCUAAAAAAUAAUCAUCGACCUAACAAAAGCGCAGAAGAAACAGGCAAACAUCCAACCUAUAAUCUUUAAAUACAGUGCGCAACUUUUUCUUAAAUGACACAAAUUCAUUGUCUGACCUAAACAACUGCACAAACAAAUGCUUAACAACACAUCAUCUAAUGUUAUAUUUUUGGAAUGAUCAUUUCCUAGUAUUCCGCAAAUGGUAAUAAAUAUCCAAAACAACUUAAACAACAACAAAUCACAUGUAGAUUUCUAAAGAAGCUAACACAUACUAUCCAAAACAGCUUCUGUUUUUUUUUAAUGUUCUGGAAUUAACACAUCAGAAUCUUACACAGAGAAAAACAUUGGCGCCAGUUCUGCCAACCAGUGAGGCUCCACAGCUGUCACACACUGCAUGUACUCUUUUGUCGUCAAGAUCGUCUCAUGAUAAGCCACGUAAUCAGGAAUGUAACCCAAUCCAUAGAGAGCACUAGCAGGAUGCAGGUUAUAAGGCAUCUUAUUCCUGCAAUUAACAUAUUCCCAAAUACCCUUCAACAUAGCUGCAUUAUGAAAGUUCGCUGAACAGAUUGUUUUCCGCACAACAUCCCAAUCAGGACAACAGUAGCUGAGUGGAAUUUCGAGUGUCUUGAGGAUGUCUAGCAAUUGGGAUCUUAUUUCCCUAGCCUUGAGCAGACCUUUGACCUGUAAAAACUGGUCAUUACACCAGUCUGCGCAGUAUUGAUUAGCUUUCCAUUGCUGGUAAACAUUAAGCAAUGUAAGGUGAUCAGAUUCUGGCACAACAAACAUUUCCCUAGCAGCAUCACUUUCCUCUUCCCUAUCCUUAAGUCGAAAGAAAACUGAAGGCACUGAAAGCAUAGAAGCAAUUGUCAGAACCUCAUUUAAGCAUUCAAAUUGUUCCCCCAUCGGUCCAAUGGAAACUCCGCCAUUUUUCGUCCAAGGUCCGUUGAAUCCCCAACAUUGUUUAGUGCACCUAAUACCCACAACUUAUACAUGGAGUUAACAAUAUUAUCUUGAGGAGGUGGAUCCAUAAAUCGAAAUCCAACAAGUUCUGAAUUUUGAGAGACUUGAGAAGCAAGACCACAUAUCCAAGAUUUGUCCGUUGAAUCUCUGGCACGGGGCUUUGCAGAAUUUCAUUCUCAUAUGCAUUCUCUGUAUAAAGUCUGUAAGAAGUCCCUGGGCCAGUUCUAUCAGCUCGACCAGCACGUUGGUCUGAAGAAGCUCGACUAAUGGGAAACACUUGCAAAGCAGUCAUACCCGUAUGUGGAUUAUACACCUUCAUUUUACCAUAGCCUGUAUCGAUGAAAUGGGAAAUUACCUCAAUGGUCAAGGACGUCUCAGCAAUAUUAGUAGGCAACAAUGCAUUUGCGAGCCCCAUCUUCAGCUUUCUGGAAAAUUUUUGCUUGCAGAUCAGCAACUAAGAGUAUAUAGGAAGAAUUAACAGUUUGGGUACCGGUUGCUUUGUUGAUGAAGUAAGUUGUUCCAUCCGUUCUGAAAGUGCAUUAACAGGUUGCUUCGAUCUCAUCCUGACCAGUCAAAAAGAUGAGUAUAUCACCUGGUGCACCAGUAAUAUGGAUGAUCAUGGCUUGCUUAACCGCAGCUUCGACAUAGUCUUCACAUGGGGUUUUACUAUAAACUAUUUGAACGGGAAAUGAUCUUCCAGGUAUGUGAAAUAUUGGAACACUACCAAAGAAGUUUGAGAAUUUCUGGCCGUAGAGAGUUGCAGAAGUAACAGUAAGCCUAAAAUCAAACCGUCCAGUCACAACUUUUUUGAGAAUGCCGAAAAGGACAUCAGUGUUAAGUGAUCUUUCAUGGGCUUCAUCCAUUAAAAUUAUACUAUAUUUCUCAAGAUCAGGAUCUUUAAGUGCUUCCCUUAAGAGCACUCCAUCGGUCAUGUACUUGAUAACAGUACUUGAUCCAGUGAUAUCUUCAAAACGAAUAGCAUAUCCAACUCUCUCCAAGUUCAGUUUCCAUUUCCUCACUGACUCUUUCGGCAACAGUCGAUCAUCGCUGCCACACGUCUAGGCUGGGUGCAACCUAUGAUCCCAUUAACUGCAUAACCUUCUUCGUACAGGUACUGAGUUAUCUGUGUCGUCUUUCCAGAACCAGUUUCUCCAAUUAUAACCACUACCUGGUUUUCCCGAACCACCUGCAAUAACUCAUCUCGCACAGAGAAGAUAGGCAGACACUGCCUUUUCUGUGGAAGUGUUUUAGAUUCUGUAAAAUCACUAACAUACUGCAAGAAUCUGGAUUCUCCCUUAAAAUCAACCUCACUAUCCUCGUCCACUACAGCACUAUCCGCGUCAACCUCCUCUGUACUCUUCUCCAAACCAAGGAUUCUCCCAAAACCUUUGACGAGACUUAUGCAUCUUUUGUUUUUCAUGUAUUUCCCGAACAAGAGCGGACCCUUUACGUGAAAUUAUAGCCAUAUCCGAAGUCAGGUCCUUUACAGGCAUUAUCGGUUUAGCUUGCUCAGUGAAAAUAAUCCUCCCAUCCAAAAAUGGAGGUCGCUUUAUAUCAUGAACGCGAAGAUUAACCUUUUGUUCCUCCUCCUCCUCAUCAAACUCCGUCUGCACAUUUGUCCCUCGUACAACUCCCGAUCUCAAAAGUAGAUGAUCCUCCCAGUUCUUGCCAACUCCAUAAUAUUUUUUGUUCUGAAAAGUUCUGGAGCUGGCAAAUACUGAGUAACCUUCUUCGUUAGACAAUGUACUACUACUUGAAGAUCUUACGGAUGGCCUAACUGGCGUUGGAGAAGGAGCUACAUCGUCCCAUAGAGAAGCAAUAAAAUGACAUCUCCUUUGUGGUGUUGUCCUCGUAGAACCUUCAUCAUAUCCACUUGUUUUUGUUGCAUCAUGUGAAUAUAUAUUCAUUGACACGUGUUCUCUUUCGCCUUCUAACUUUGCUGUGAUCAUCGCGGUAUUUGCUUCUUCUAUUCCUCUCCUCCUCCAUAUAUAUUGAAGGCAAUCCUGCUUCUUUGUUCGGAUUUGAGACCGCCAAUGUCACCUCCUUUGCUCAGCUCGUGCAAAUAGAAUAACACUUUGUUAUUCUAGACACACACAGCCAUAGUACUUCUCUCUAUUAUUUUCUUCAAUAUUGCU